CGUUGUGUGUAUCCGCCAAGCUAUAUUUCCAGGGAAGUAAGCGAACAGAGUUGGCGGGGGUCAGGGGAGCCAUUCCUGCAUACGGUUGCAGGAUCAUGGGAUCUGAAAGCAGCUCACUGAGAGGAUUUACCCUCCAAGAUCCACCGUGGACUCAGCCUUCCGGGCUCACUAUAUACCCUGCUCUGCUCCAGGAUGGACGCCUGGCCUCUGUUUUUGUCUAUCAGCUGGAAAACCAGGAGAAGGUGGACAAAGCAGCGAAGCAUUUGAAAACCUUACGCCAUCCUUGUCUUCUCCGUUUCUUAUUGUGUACUGUGGAGGAAGAUGGGAUCUACCUUGUAACUGAGCGUGUGCAGCCCCUGGAAAUGCUUCUUGAGAAACUAACAAGUGAUGAAAUUUGUGCAGGAAUCUAUGACAUUUUGCAAGCUCUAGUAUUUCUACAUGAUCGGGGAAUGGUUUCCCAUAACAACGUGUGCCUUUCCUCUUUAUUUGUAAGUGAAGAUGGACACUGGAAGUUGGGUGGAAUGGAGAUGGUCUGCAAAUUAACAGAGGUGGUUCCUGAGUCUGCUGAGUUUGGAGUUGUGCCAAUAUCAUUAAGCCAUGCUCGAGAUGCUUUCUUAUUUGGCCGACUAGUGGAAAAUCUGCUGACACAUGUGAAAGAUCAAUCUGAUGUGCUCUCCAGCUUCAAGAACACUGUUAAGAACUGUCUUUUGAACCCUGAACCAGAGCUCCGACCUGCCCUGUCUACUUUACUCUCUCAUGACUAUUUUAGGAAUGAUUUUGUGGAAAUUGUCAACUUCCUGGAAAGUUUAACUGUAAAAAGUGAAGAUGAAAAGAAUGAAUUUUUCAAGUUCCUUUUGGACCGAGUGUCAACUUUGCCGGAAGAGCUCAUCUCCUCCCGAUUGGUCCCUCUGUUGCUAAAGCCAUUUGUGUUUGCUGAGCCUAUGGCAGUAAAGAGCUUUCUGCCCCAUCUUCUGAGACCAAAAAGAGAUAUUAUGGGAAGAAACCGUGAAGAUUGUCUCCUGUCCCCACCUCACUUCCAGACCAGAGUCAUCCCAGUGUUGAUGAAAAUGUUUGAAGUUCAUGAAGAACAUGUUCGAGUGGUGCUUCUAACCCAUAUUGAUGCUUAUGGAGAACUUUUUACUUUAAAAGAACUAAAAGAUAUUAUCCUUCCACAAGUUCUCUUGGGUUUACGUGACACUAGUGAUUUGCUGGUGGCAGUAACCUUACGUGGCUUGGCUGCUUUGGUGUGUUUACUUGGACCAGAAGUGGUUGUGGGAGGAGGAAGAGUGAAGAUCUUCAAAAGUACAACCCCAGGGUUUACGAAAGUGGCAGAUACAACACCAGAAGGUUCGCCUGUGCAUGCCACCAAUAACCAUGUGCAUCAGGCAACAUCCAACAGCUUAUCCUCAGUACUAGCAAAAAGCAAUUUUGUAGCAGUGAACCAGAAUUCUCUAAUUAACACGGAUCUGCCCAGGAAAGAAUCACUAAAGGCAAUUUUACAGGAUAUUUCCAUACAAAAGGACUGCCUUUCGCAUUCAUUGAAUGGCGUUUCUAAAAUCAAAGACUCCCUCUUAACUAAUUGUGAUCAAUUACAACAGUCAACAGAAGACUGGCCAGAUUGGAGUGAAUCAGAUGGGUACAAAAAUGAAAAGAUUCUAAGUGUACAUGAUAAUACACAAACCAGUGACAGAUCAGAAUUGGAGCAAUGGAUUGAUUUUAGCUUGCCAUGUGAUAGUUCAAUAACUGUGACAACUAAAGAAUUAAGUGCUGCUAACACAAUCGUUAAACUGUCUCCUGUUAACCCUGUUUCUGAACUGGACAAAAGUGUAAAUAGCUGGAAUUCACAUACUGUGAAACAGAAUAAGGAAUCUAAGCCAGAUCCUGUGCCAGAACCAGUCCCAAAAAAUAAGUUUGAGUCUGAGUACAGUUUGGGAGAUGAAUUCACGAUAAAAGUAACAAGCAAAAGCAGAGAUCCAGAACUGGACUGGUUUGCAGACAUGACGCCCAACAUAAAUCUUUCUUCUGCCUUCUCUGCUUCUGGAUACCAUGAAUUUGAAAAUAAAACACAGACUGAUCUAAUAAAAGAUGCAAAACAAACCGCUACAUUCUCAUCCAAAUUUGCUGCUGCAGAAAAUACAGAG